AUGACCCCGGGGGCGGUCAUGCCAGCCUGCCCUCUGGCACAGAGGGGCUUCGGCAGGUGCCCGGGGAAUGGGCCAUUCGGAACAUUGGCGGAACCCAAAGACCAAAUUGCCCCGACCGGAGACACCCACAGAUUGGCCCGAGAUCCAAAACGACUCCGAGGCGCCCCGAAACGCCCGCCCAUUCGCCGGACGCCCUCCCCUCCCAGUGUUACCUCCUCGCCUCGCGGGGACGGGCGCCGGGGCAUCUGCCCACCCUCCUCUGUGCCCCCCCUCAGCAGCUCUCCCAGGGUCUCUGCCAUCCGACCCGGCUCCCCACUCACCCCCGUGCCCAGGUGUGGCCGUCCAUCUCGUCUCUUCCCCCGGGGUUCUCCCCACAACCGUCUCCAGCGGACCCCUCUGGUCCCCCCGUGCCACCAGCUGGAGACCCCCCCCACGCGCAGAACACCCUGUCACCGUGUCAUCGCCGCGGCCCCAUUUGCCAGCGGCAGUGUUCGCCUCGAUUCUUCCCUCUAA